AUGGCUCUUAAGCUUUUGAAUAUUUUGUCCAUCGUCCUUCUUCUUGUUGUGUUCCUACUUUCUGUCUCUUCUGGUACCAAGGGAAACAGCAUGGGUUUUGAGUUGGUAAAAGUCCCUACAGCCAAUACAAUCCAAUUAUUUGAUUCGGAAUUUCAUCUUCAAAGAUAUGGUUAUUACGAAUACGCACAACUCAACCUCGGUACCGGUGCUUCCGAAGACCAAAUUCUGGAAUUAGCUAUCAAAACUUAUCAAGGAAAUUUUGGCAUCAAACCCACGGGAAUAUUGGAUGAUCAAACCUUAUUGUCAAUGAUGGCGCCGAGAUGCGGCAAUCCCGAUAUUGACAUCGGCGUCAACUCCAUGAAUCCUCAUAACAGAAACCUCACUCACAGCCGCUCGAUAUGA